AUGGCGACACGACCCAAACCUGCUCCGCGCUCAGUGCAAACCCCCUCAACACCCGGGGGACCCCUCCGAUCCUCACAAACCCCCAACCUCGCUUACCCCUUCCUCGCCGACUCGCCCUCCCACUUCCUCGCGCCCAAAGAUGGCGCCGUCAAGCUCAAGGUCAAGGCUGGUAUCAGUCCCGAAGCGAGAAGCAGGAUCGGCGUGACACCGAGCGGGCUGCGGCCUGUCACCCCUCGCCCGAUCAAGCGGGUGGCGCCGCCGGUUUCUGUCCCGGCGAGGAGCAGAUUGGAGCGGGGGAUGACUCCCAGUGGGAGUGAUGAUUCAUUGAGGGCGUACGCGAGGGAGGACGCGUUGGGAGAGAGCGAGGCGGUUUUGGUGACAGUGAGGGUCCGACCUCCAAACCCCGCGGAGACCCAUCCUGGGAGUCAAAGCUCGGUAUGGGAGACAAAUGAAUGGAACACUCAGACGAUCAAGCUGGCGAAAGAGGCGAUCGGUACGAGGGACGACAGGGAAUGGACCUUUGACCGUAUUCUCGACCCAAUGUCGAACAACGGCAAGGCAUAUACCACGUCAGCCAGGACCCAUAUCAGACGUGCGAUGGAAGGCUAUAACGCUCUUAUCUUUGCAUACGGCCAGACGGCCUCGGGCAAGACGCACACCCUUUCCGGCUCGCCCUCCGAACCCGGUAUCAUCCCCCUCUCGAUCCGGGACUUAUUCGCCCAGAUCCGCUCUUCUCCCGACCGCGAGUUUCUCCUCCGCGCAUCCUACCUCGAGCUGUAUAACGAGGCCUUACUGGACCUGCUCUCCACGGAUGGGAAGGAGCUGAGCCUUAGCGAAGGGAAAAAGAAGGGCGAGGUGAUUGUCAAUGGAUUGACGGAGAUUGCUGUCCGGACGGAGGAGGAUGUCAAGCGCUUGUUGAGCGUCGGAGAGGAGAAUAGGAGUGUAGGCCGGACAGACUGGAACUCUAGGAGCUCCAGAAGUCACUGUGUCUUCCGCUUGGUCAUCGAGUCUCGCGCAGCCGGCGUUUCGGACGUACCAGUGGGCGCGCGCACGCCUGGUGGUCGAGCCAAGACAGGCGGAGAUCGGACGACACGGAUCUCGACCCUGUCCAUCAUCGAUCUAGCUGGUUCGGAGCGGCAUACCAGCUCGAAAGAGAGGAACGCCGAGGGGAAGCACAUCAAUCAGUCACUGUUGACUCUCAAAAUCGUCAUUUCCAAGCUGGCCGAUAUGGCUUCAGGCCGCAAUAUCUCGCACAUUCCUUACCGAGACUCCAAGCUUACUCGUCUUCUUCAACCCUCCCUCUCCGGUGACGCCCUCAUCUCCGUCAUCUGCACCGUCUCCCCGUCCGCCGUGAACCUCAACGAGUCCCUCUCGACCCUAUCCUUCGCCCAAGGUCUCAAGCGUGUCCUCCUCCGCGCCCAGAAACGCGAAGUCGUCGAUCCUCAGGCUUUGAUACAGCAGUACCAAGAGGAGAUUGCGGAGCUCAAGGCGAAGCUCCGGGAUAGGGAUGAGGGCGCGUCGAGCGUGAUGAUGACGCCUGGAGCGGGAGAUAAAGGGAAGGCUGCGAGCGGGAAGGCGAAGGGCGAUAUGGAGCGGCGUCUGGAGGAGCUCAAGAGUCUGAUCUUGACUGGCAGAGAAGCGGGAGAGCGGGAUACAGGAUAUGAGGCCCGACCACUUAGCCCCACCAAGCUUGAAUACCCGAAGCUGGACUAUGAUCAAUCCACUGCCGAUCUUCAGGAAAGCCUUCACGCCGCAGAGCUCCGAAUUAAGCAACAGGACGCCGAGCUCAAGAAUCUGCGCCGGGAUCUGGAGGCUCGGACGUCCAGGCCAGACGAGCGGAUCAUGCAUCUGCAGGACCAGGUGGACGAGUUGAAGAUGCUUGAGGUGGCGUACCAGGCACUUCUACUCCAGCCGUCACAAAAGGUCAAGGCGGACGUCGAGAGGGAGUGGCAUGAUAGGGUGGAGAAGCUACAGGAGCAGGUGCGGAGUAAGCAGAUCUGGGCGUGUAGGUUGGACGAGAAUGUGCGGGCGGUCACGGCGGAGAAUAAGCGAUUGACAGCGCGCUGCGAAGACGCCGAAGAGAAGGUUCACCUCAUCAUCGACUGGCUCAACACCGCCCUCUCUUCCUCAUCCCCGCCAUCCCCCACUUCCGGCCUCGCUACCUCAGACUCGCAAUUCGAUAUACCGACCCUCACCGUCGAAGCGCCAAGUGACGACUUUGGGUCCCUGAACACUCGGGGCCGAAUCGCCACGCUUAGCCUGAGCGCCAAGAUGACGCGCGACAAGUUUAGCAACAUGGAUCUGGCGAAGUUGUCGGAGAAGUUUGGAAGUCUAGGGGUUAAGGCGCGGGCGGGGAAGGUGAAGAUGUUGAGUCAGGAGAGCUGUGGGGAUUUGGCGGAGCAGGCGGGGGAGGAUGAGGAGUAUUGA